UUUUUUUUUGGAGCGCAACAUUUUCCCGAAUCAGAAUAAAACCUAAUUUGAUUUUGAUUGGUAUAUAAAUGAUUGGUUAUAACCAUAAUUCUGUAAAAAGUAUGACCCUGUUCCUUAAAUAACUGACUUUUUUGAAGUGAAGUAGAUACCAAAAUGCCUAGUCAAAUAGCUCAUAAAUAUCAUGAUGAAAUUGAUGAACAAGGAUUCACUAUAAUUAGAGGAUUUCUUACCCCAGACGAAGUUGAAAAAUAUUCAAAAGCUGCAGAUGCUGUUGUUGAACUUGCUAGGAAAGGAGAUUGGCCUGAUGUAAGAACAAGAGGUAAACAAUUCCCACCAUGGCCUAAAAAUUUUAGUCCUGACAUUUGGGGAGUUAGUGGAUUGUUACACCCAAACUUAAAGGAAUUAGCAUUACCAUUUCAUGAAUGUUAUGCAAGUGAAAAGAUUUUAAAUGUAGCUGAAGAUAUUUUACAAGCUGAGAGACUGGAGUUAUCCAUGGAAUUGUUCAAUAUGUUGAUCAAUCCGUUGACUGAUUUUGGAUUAGAUUGGCAUAGAGAUACCAUCAAGCCAGAAGUUGACGCUGAAGAGGAAGCUAAAGCAUUAUUAGAAAACCCUUAUGCAGGUACACAAUUCAAUUUGGCGUUAACUGAGGAUGAUUGUCUUAUUGUGAUUCCUAGAUCUCAUAAUAGAAUUAGAACUGAAGAGGAAAAAGCAAAAUCCAUUGCUGAAGAUAGACAACAACAUAUAACAGGCGAAAUCAGAGUCCCAUUACAUCCUGGAGAUAUUGUAUUUUAUAAUAAUAAUAUUUUACAUCGUGGACAGUAUUCAUCGGCCAAUGUUAGAAUAACUCUACACGGAUCAUAUGGGCAUGUUAAACACGGAAAAUCUAGAGCUAAGGGUAUUUUACAACAUGGAGUGGCAGAAUGGUUACCGAGAUUUAAACCAAAUAAUCAAAAUUUAGUUGAAUUAAAGGAGAAAUUAGUUCUAUUAGCUAAAGAAUUCGAAGGAAUAAAUCUCGGUUAUGCAUUAGACGGUUGAAAUUAUCUGUCUAUUUAUAUUUAUAUAUAUGCUAAU